AAAAGUGAUAAUGGGAAGUUCUCUUCCUUUUUUUUGUUUGUUUCUUUUGAAAUGGGGGUCUCACUACAUGGCCUAGGCUAGUCUCAGACUCACUGUGUAGUCCAGGCUGACCUUGGAUCCUCCUGCUCCUCAGAGUUGAAGCCUCCCAAGUGCUAGGAUUACAGGAAAAUGUCUGAUGAAUUUUCGUUGGCAGAUGCACUACCUGAACCCUCACCUGCCAAAACCUCUGCUGUGAGCAACACGAAAUCUGGCCAAUCUCCUCAAGGCUGGCCAGGUUCCAACCCUUGGAACAGCCCAAGUGCUCCACCUUCUGUGCCAUCUGGACUCCCACCAAGUACUACACCUUCUUCUGUGCCUUUUGGACCAGCACCUUCAGGAAUGUAUCCCUCUGUGCCUCCCACUGGACCACCUGCAGGACCCCCAGCACCCUUUCCUCCCUCUGGACCCUCAUGCCCCCCACCUGGUGGUCCUUACCCAGCCCCAGCUGUGUCAGGCCCUGGCCCUACAGGCCCAUAUCCUACACCAAAUAUGCCCUUUCCAGAGCUACCUAGACCAUAUGGGGCACCCACAGACCCAGCUACAGCUGGUUCUUUAGGUCCAUGGGGAUCCAUGUCUUCUGGACCUUGGGCGCCAGGAAUGGGUGGGCAGUACCCUACUCCUAAUAUGCCAUAUGCAUCUUCAGGGCCAUAUCCCGCUCCUCCCCCUCCUCAAGCACCAGGGGCAGCACCGCCCGUUCCAUGGGGCUCUGUGCCACCAGGAGCCUGGGGACCACCAGCACCGUAUCCUGCCCCUGCAGGAUCAUAUCCCACACCAGGACUCUAUCCUACUCCCAGUAAUCCUUUUCAAGUGCCUUCAGGACCUUCUGGUGCUCCACCGAUGCCUGGUGGCCCCCACUCUUACCAUUAAGUGAACAGUGAAGGAAGAGAUGGCGCUUUGCUUCUUGAAGUACAUGUAGAUGCACACGAACGCAUAUGUAAAAAUAGCUGGUGUCACUGUUCUUAGAGGGCAUUCAUGAAAGAGCAAUUCCUGCACCUCUCAGAAGACAUCUAUCCUUUGUACUUGGAUGUGUAGUACAUAAAAUGGAUACAAUCAGAAAAACGUAAAAGCAAGUCAUUCAGAUGUGAUCUUUAUUUGGUUUUCAUAGAAGUUAAAGUAAUUAAGUAUAUGAAAUAGUUCUUUGAUAAAAUUUGUUUCGAUCAUGAAACUAAACCGUCAGAAAUCUGAGAUGAUAGGAAUUAUUAGAAUCUGCAACUGCAUUGGCGAAUUAUUUCAGAAAAACAUUUUUCUAUAAUCACAUUUUCCCCAAGGUAAUUUUGAAAGCAAUCCCAUUAUAAUCCAAACAAAUGAUUUCUCUCAAUGUUUUGAUAAGCCCAGUCCUUUUAUGAUUAUAUUUUGGAUAUAUAUUUUAAAUUUUUGUACAUUAUCAGAUGUCCAGUUCAUUAGCCAGCCAGUGUUCAUUUUUGUCCUUGCUUUUAGCAAAAACUUUUGUUUUAUUUUUGCCAUGUUGGUUAUUCAGCACUGAAAUCUGCCAUUUAUGAAACUUUUUGGUGUCUGUGGUGCUGGAAGUGGAACCCAGGGCCUUGCACAUGCCAGGCAAGCACUCUACCACUGAGUUACACCCCCAGCCCUAACUUCUUUUUUUAAU